GUGCGCCCCGCCCGGGCCCCGCGCCGGGCUCCUGCCCGCCCUCGGGCGGCCGCGCGGGGCGGCGCGCGCGGCCGCGCCGGGCCCGGCCGGCAGGCGGCCGGGCUGCCGGCGGGGCGCCGCCGCGGCCGCGGGCGUGCGCCGCCGCGCAGCGGCGCCGGAUCUGGAGCUGCUCUCGCGGCCGGGCGCGGCCACGAACGACGCCAUCCGGGCCUUCUUCGGCAGCGGCGGGGCCUUCCAGGAGCUGGCCGAGCGCGAGCUGGCCAAGGUGGCCCGCCGCGACCGGGAGGACGCGGAGAAGCUGCUGCGGGGCACGCGGCUCGCCGUGGAGAGGGGCCUGCUGCCGGAUGCGUUGGAGGUGGAGCCGGUGAGGCGCAUCCAGGUGCAAGGCAGAGGCGUGGACGCCCAGUGCAGCGAGUCAUCAUCCAGCUUCUCGGGGACGCCCCCGCGACGGGGUGCGUGGUGACCUUGCAGGGCCUCUCUGGCACAGGCAAGGGCACCACGGUCUCGAGGCUGAAAGAGCUUCUCCCGAACGCCACCACGUGGAGCAACGGCAACCUGUUCCGCUCGCUCGCGCUGCUGGCAGGUGCCUACGCGGAGAAACACGGAGUCCCCCUGGAGAAGGCUCUAGAGCCAGACGUGAUGGCUUCCUUGGUGGAGAUGCUGGAAUUCGACGACUUUGGCAACGGUUUUGAUGUGAAGAUCGACGGCCUGGGCAUGAAGUACAUGGUGUCAGAUAUCGAGGUGCCUUCGGCAAGGUCCUGUCGUUGUGAUCGCCAGGAGAGCGCCUGGCGGGUGAUGUACGCGACUUUGCGCGAGCAGGAGGGGGGCGGCCUGCUUGACAACCACAGAAAAUCAGCCAGGCAGCCCUGGCGUCAUUCCAUUCCAUUGUGUGCUGGGGGGCACGACAGUGGAUCGAGCUCACCGUGCUGAAGCAGGUCAAGGACAUCCCGACGGUGGCCGCGGCCACGCAGGGGGAAGUUAUCAAUUUCGUGCAGGGGGCCCUGGACACGAUGAGCGGCGCAGGCACCAACGUCAUCCUGGAGGGCCGCGAGCAGACCUUGAGAUACAUCUGGAGAGCCCCCAAACGACAUGAGCAUCAGAGUGCGGGGGCCGAACGGCCGUACACGGCCUCCUGGGCGCGUGCGGUGCAGGGGGGCCCCGCGGUGCGGACCGUCGCUCUUCUUGCUCCUGCUCUGCUUCUCGCCGCCCCGCGACCCGCCCGCGACCCGCGUCGCGCCGUGGCCCAUGGGCCCGGGGCCUCGGCCUCCUCCUCCUCCUCCUCCUCC